UAUCCACAGUGAGAGGACAUCAUACAUCCUACCAAGAAAAAUAUGGACAGAGAAGAAUAUUCCAAGAUUUCAGAGUUGAGGAUCAUGCUGAUCGGGAGGGUUGGAGAUGACAAGACUAAAAUCAUGAACGUCUUCCUGAGAAGUUCAGAGGAAAAUGUGAAGCAGGCUCCUGAGAGUGCAAAAGUUUUUAUCUCUGACUCUGAAAAGUGUCACAUGGAAAAAAUAACCGUCAAAGGACAAAAGAUGGCCAUUGUUGACACUCCAGGCCUGUGUCACGCUGAUAAAAGUGACAGGGAUGUGAUGAAGGAGAUCAAAAAAUGUCUCUCGGAGGUUUCCCCUGGGCCUCACGUCUUCCUGUUAGUCCUGCCUUUGGAACCUUUCACACCUGAAUUACAGAACGUGGUGAAGAUUUUCAAGUCCUCCUUUGGCGAUUGUGUAAUUCAGUACACAAUGGUUUUAUUCCCAGAUGGAGAAAAGCUGGAGGAUGGAGACACAGACGACUUCAUUGGCCAAGAGGAAGAACUCCACAACUUUGUCAACGAUGAAUGUAAGGGGAGGCGGCAUGUUCUUAAGAAUAAUGACCGUCUCCCUGACAGCACUCUACUGGAUAUCCAACAAAUGGUUCGUGACAACGAGGGGAAACACUACACGGGUGACGAGGCUUUAAGAAAAAGAGAAAUUGCUUUGGCUGUAAAUGGCGGUGCUUUGGCUGGAGCGGCGGUGGGAGGAGCAGCGUCUCAAUCAGUUCCGAGCGUAAUCGGCAUCAUAGGAGGAUUGGCAGUCGGAGCGAUACUCGGUGGAGUGGUAGGAUGUCUGGGGUACAUUGCUGUAAAAAGAGCAAAGAAAAUUGGCCGUGUCCAACAGUGAAUUUUAUUUUGUCUAAUGGGAUUUAUUGCAAAGUUCAUACUGCAGAGCACUGACAGCAGGUCAAAGGUUUCCUGUGCAGCAGCUUUCGAUGUGUUUGAGUCUUUUAACUGACUGUCUUGUCUCCCAGUGGAUUUAUUGCCUCCUACUCCUUGCUGCUGAAAAACACCCCCACAGCCUGAUGCUGCCACCACCAUGUUACACUGCUGGGAUGGUACCGUUCAAUCUUGGUUUCAUCACACCAGAGUAUCUUGUAUCUCUGGGGCCUUUUUUGCAAACUCCAAGCAGGCUUUCAUGUAUUUUGCACUGAAGAGAGGCUUCCGUCGAGCCACUCUACCAUAAAGACCAGAUCACUGGAGGGCUGCUGGGAUGGAUGUCCCUCUGGAACUUUGUCCCACCUCCACACAGGAUCUAUGGGGCUCAGUCAGAGUGGCCACUGGGUUCUUGGUCACCUCUCUUACUACGGCCUUUCUCCCCUGAUUGUUCAGUUUGCUCGAAAAACAGCUGUUGGUCUUGGUUGUGCCAAACAUCUUCCAUUUGGGAAUCAUGGAGGCCACUGCGCUCUUAGGAACCUGCAGUGCAGGACAAUUUUUUGUAGCCUUCCACGGAUCUGUGCCUUGCAACAAUCCUUAAAUACUAUGUUAGAUACACCUGGCUUAUGCAAACUCAUACAUACUGUGAAACGUCUCAGUCAUGUUGAGCCACCCGUCCGGUAAGAAUACUCAGUUGAAACUAACUGCUAAGCUAAGCAAAAAAGUAAGGAAAACUACGUUUGACAGAUGAUGUCUUUGUUGUAACGGUGCCUCUUGGCAAUAAAUCUUACACCGUUUGAAAGCCUGUUUAUUUCCCUUUAAAAUGGUGCCACAUUUGUAAGGAACAUGCAUUUGUGGGAUGAGCAGCAGAGCUGAGGGUGUGGGUUGCGGCCAUAAAAAGUUUUCCUAAUCUUCUCUUCCAAUACCAAAAGAAAUAAUCCACCUAACACGAAUUUCCUUACUUUUUGUGUUAAGUUGGCAAAGAACUGAUCAAUGUGUCACUCAGUUGUCUGGAAAAAAAUGAGUGCAAUAUCACUUACUGUAGCAUGCACAGCUAGCCUCCAAACAUGAUGGUAACAGAGGGUAAGGGAUCUUUGUAAGUGUAUAUUUUUGGGGUUUUUUUGUUUGUUUGUUUUUUUGGGAAUAUGUGCGUUCUUCUAAUAAUUAGUGGUAAAUAUGUGAUUAUGUUAAGCUAAGAGACAAAUUUUGCUUGUUUCUUCUGCUAUUGCUCAGGUAAUUGGAGCUCAUGUAUCUUACUUUUGUGACUCCAUUUUUUUUAAUCUGUUGUUAUCCAUUGUUCCUACACUCCAUUACUGAGAUGUACUACCUAUGAAUAAGGUCAAACCCAGCUUAUUUUGAAUGUAUAUUCUGAUUUAGAACAGAGUUUACACUCCAACAACAUUUAAAGGGUUUCACCAGAUGGUAUCACUCCAACGUACGCCUAAGUUACUUCCCCUGGCUCUCCAUUCUAUCAAGAACCAGAACACCCUAUCCAAAUGUAAAUGUCUGAAAUGUAGGGGAAUGUGGGGAAUGUAGGGGUGGUUCAGAGGUGGACCUGCUGGUGUGUUUCAGAUUAUCAUCCUGCAUGUGCCCUACAGCCUGAGGUCAUGAACUGAAAAGCAAAGCAGCCCCAGUCCAUCACUCUACCACCACCUUGUUUGACUGUUGGCAAGUCGACCCACAGAGUUGUCUGGGCCCCUGACAAACACAAAGGAUUGGCCCUCCCCAGCUGUGAUUUAUUGAUGAUGUCAGUGUAUGUGUGUUGGAUUAGUAGCAUUGGUUCUAGGCCCUGGCUAAUAGUUUCUACUUUGUGGCUGAAAAGUUUGUCAAGCUGUUACUGGGUUUUAAUGCUCAAAAUAUCUGCUUGAUCACAGAGGUCCACUGGAGUCCAAAGCCUUAGAAAUGGCUGUUUCAUCAGGAAGAGGGUGAAUACUUUUCCAUGUGUUUAGAGGUCAAACAUGUUUAUCAAGGGAGGUGAACUAAACCUAGGGAGCAUUUUAUCUCUGUAUUCUUGUUUUUACCUGACAAAGAAGAGCACACAGAAAAGGGCUGAGUAUAACAUUCAUGAUGACUUUCUUUAUAAAAGCUAGGAUCAAGGAAAACUCUGUAUAUAGUAUUCCAGGUUGUUCUUCCAGGUGGAUUUGAUCUUUUUACUUUCAUUACAUCUCUUUGUCACAUACAUUGUGUUACAGGUGAUAUUUCAUGUGUUUAGUUUGAUAAGUUUGGGGAAUCUUCAGGUUUUUUAAGAAUGUAGAUUUAAUUCCUGCUGUUGUAUGAAUAUCAGGUGUUUCCUGUUAAAAUCAUGUUCUCUGGAUCAAAGAGGGUGUAGUGUCUUCAUGGUUUCUGCUGUAUUCUCAGUGUCAGAUUUCUGAUUGUCUUUUAUCAUUAAAACCCUCAGAUAAAUGA